AUGGUUAUGAAAAAUGCUCUAAAGGAACUAAAUGGUACACCAUCUACAUUUUCAACAGGACAGUGGGUAUGUAAGAGAAGACAAAAGGGAAAGAGGGCUCAACCAAAUUUGGCGGGACCAUUUCAAGUAAUAGAAGUUGGCAAUAAAGGUAGUUAUAAAUUGAACGAUGGGACAAAGGCAUCAGGGGGAACAUGUCAUCAUGAUGAUUGGAAAUUAGCAUAUGCUUUAGACGAUAGACCUAUCCAAGUUUUCAAUCGGUAUGAAAAUUCUUUGAAAAAAGCUGAACAAAGGUUGUGUAGCACAGAUUGA